AUGGAGUCCGCUCCGGCAGCCCCCGAUCCAGCCGCCACCGAGCCGGGCAGCAGCGUCUCCGAGCCGGCCGCCGGCGCCAGGGACACCCCGGUCAACCUGGAGCCUGCCCGGAAAAGCGAAGCGCCGGCUCCAGUCCGCAGGCAGAGCUACUCCAGCAGCAGCGGCAGCAGAGGUAUUUCCGUAACAAAGAAGACGCAUACAUCUCAAAUUGAAAUUAUUCCAUGCAAGAUCUGUGGAGACAAAUCAUCAGGAAUCCAUUAUGGUGUCAUUACAUGUGAAGGCUGCAAGGGCUUUUUCAGGAGGAGUCAGCAAAGCAAUGCCACGUACUCCUGUCCUCGUCAGAAGAACUGUUUGAUUGACCGAACUAGUAGAAACCGCUGCCAACACUGUCGAUUGCAGAAAUGCCUUGCUGUGGGGAUGUCUCGAGAUGCUGUAAAGUUUGGUCGAAUGUCAAAAAAACAGAGGGACAGCUUGUACGCAGAGGUGCAGAAACAUCGAAUGCAGCAGCAACAGCGAGAUCACCAACAGCAACCUGGAGAGGCAGAACCACUGACACCAACAUACAGUAUCACCACCAAUGGGCUAACAGAGCUACAUGAUGACCUCAGUAAUUACAUUGAUGGGCAUACCCCUGAAGGUAGCAAAGCAGACUCUGCAGUUAGCAGCUUCUACUUAGACAUACAACCUUCUCCAGAUCAGUCGGGUCUUGAUAUUAAUGGAAUCAAACCAGAACCAAUAUGUGACUACACACCAGCAUCGGGCUUCUUCCCUUAUUGUUCUUUUACAAAUGGGGAGACCUCGCCAACUGUGUCCAUGGCAGAAUUAGAACAUCUUGCACAGAAUAUUUCAAAGUCACACAUGGAAACUUGCCAGUACUUGAGAGAAGAGCUACAGCAGAUAACAUGGCAGACUUUUCUGCAGGAAGAAAUUGAGAACUACCAGAACAAGCAGAGGGAGGUAAUGUGGCAGUUAUGUGCAGUCAAAAUAACAGAAGCUAUACAGUAUGUCGUGGAGUUUGCCAAACGCAUUGAUGGCUUUAUGGAACUGUGUCAAAAUGAUCAAAUCGUGCUUUUAAAAGCAGGAUCUUUAGAGGUUGUGUUUAUCAGAAUGUGCCGUGCCUUUGACUCCCAAAACAACACAGUGUACUUUGACGGCAAGUACGCUAGCCCAGAUGUUUUCAAGUCACUAGGUUGUGAAGACUUCAUUAGUUUUGUGUUUGAAUUUGGAAAGAGCUUAUGUUCUAUGCACCUGACAGAAGAUGAGAUUGCUUUGUUUUCUGCAUUUGUUUUAAUGUCUGCAGAUCGUUCAUGGCUUCAGGAGAAGGUAAAAAUCGAAAAACUCCAACAGAAGAUUCAGCUAGCACUUCAGCAUGUCCUGCAGAAGAAUCACCGAGAAGAUGGAAUUCUAACAAAGUUAAUAUGCAAAGUGUCUACUUUAAGAGCACUGUGUGGACGACAUACAGAAAAACUUAUGGCAUUUAAAGCAAUAUACCCAGACAUUGUGCGACUUCAUUUUCCUCCAUUGUACAAGGAGUUGUUCACUUCAGAAUUUGAGCCAGCAAUGCAAAUUGAUGGUUCACUGCCCACAGACUUUCAACAGAACAAUCAAUUUGUUGAUCACAGCAGAGUCCAGCGACUGGUGUGUACUGCAGAGGUUUCAGCAUCAGUUUGCACAACUUGCUCAUUGUUUCAUGAAGGACGAAUUUUUUCAUCUACCAUUGAUUGCCAGUAG